GGAAGUUUGAUUUCUUAAGUACGCAUAUUUCGUGAACGCCCUCGUCGAUUGAUCAUAAAACAUUUUUCAUUCGAUUAUUUCUUUCGGUAGAAUGAUGAUCAAAAAGUGGACAGGAUAUAUUAUUUUGUUUUGUUGCAUGGAGACGGUGCCCGGGAAACUGUGUACAUACUAUGAAACUGGUGACGACUUCAUAACGAGAACCAAAUUCUGCGACAUUGAUUGCUGUAGUGAUAUAUAUUCCUCAUUAUGUUGUGACAAGCCUACUACGACAUCUUCCGGUUCUGACGAUGGCUUCCGUAUCGACAUUAUUACUCUGGCAUGUGUCGUUGCGGUUAUUCUUCUUGUAUUGACUGCAAUUUGCUGCUGCUGUUGUUGCUUCAAGAAGUCAAGAGGACAGCAAGGACACGUCAUUCAACCGGCUCCAACUGUAACAGUGCACUGGAUUCAGGUGCCUACAGUAGCACCAAAUGAAAACAUCUCUGAAAGCUACCAGCAAAUUUCACCAAUGAAUGCCAUUGGCCAAGAAACUCAACCUGCACAGGAAUCGCCUAACUUAUGCAAACAAGCAAGCGAAUUAAACGGCAAUAGAAAAGAGAAUACAACUACGCCCUAAAUUUUUAAGUUACUAUAAAGUGUUUGUAAUCAAAAGAUAUGGCAUAGUUAUGUUAAAAAUAUUUACACGAGAGUCAAUAUUUUUCAAAGACUGAAAUGAUUAUAUAAAUUUGAAUGACUUGUAUCAAAAUGUUUUAUUUUCCCCACAGAAGAAAAUGUGUCAAUAUAUAUCCACCACACUCCUCACUUUAGUGAAAUUAUAUAAUUUAUACAGUACAUGUAUAUGUAUAUAUAAUUAUGCUGAUAAAACAAUUUUCAACAUUCGAAGAAUAUGUAAAAUAUGUACUGCAAAUAUUUGUACACAUUAUAUGUAAUCAUAUAGCAUUCUUUUCUUACUGAAACAUUUGACAUAGACUUUAUAGAAAAUUAAUCUUUAUUACCUGCCUUUAUUAACAUGAAAUGUUAAGUUUAGUAUAUUAAUACUUUUUGGAACUUACAAAAUAAAUAUUAAAAAUAAAUAAAUCUUAAUUUGAGCAUCAUAUUUAUGAUAUAAAACCAUAGAAAUUUGUGUUACAUGAUCUUUAAAGAAAGCAAGUUAGCCUCACAAUAGUAUGCGCAUACAGGUAAGACCGGCAAACCUGACUAUGUGAUAUAAAAAUCUUAAUCUGACUAAUA